AUGUUGGCGGAUGGUGAAGUUGUCGGCGAUGGGUCGUGGAACCUCACGAUCUACGUUACCGACCUGAACGAGAGAAGGACUAUGGUCGUGAAAGGAGACAUGCACAUUGGAGGGGUUAUGCUAAAACUGACAGAAAGCUUCGAAUUAAUCCUUUUAUUUUCAGGCAAAAUAACAGGAGAAGAAGAUGACGCGAUCGCUCACCGAUCACAACAGCGUGACGUCACAUCCGAAGCUCCACUAACAACAAGCCUGAAUACUCUAACCACUCCCACAACAGGAAUAACAACGGAGAACAGAACAGAACCAGAAAUAGAAAUAACAACAUCUCCAGAAGUACAAGAAGUAGCUACAACUCCUGAAAUAAAACCAAGAGCGAGACUUCUGAACUUGAAUGUUGAUGAACUGCAGAACUUUGCUAUAGCUCUUCAUAAUGAAACGAAUGCGAGUCAGAAGAAGAAGCAUCUUACGGAUCUAAGUGAUGUUAAUUUGGAUGUUGAUGAUGAUGAGGAACCUCGAAUACUGCCGGUGGAGCAUAAGCAUAAGGAUAUGCCGGAGAAGUUCUACGCUAACCUUCAGGCACCUUUCCAUCCACUGAUGACGGCUGAAAGAGGGUCAGAGGAGAUGGAUACUUGUAAAGAAAAUGAGAUCACUUAUAAGAUCGGCGAGCGAAUGGACCGCGGCUGUGAGGAGACCUGCGAGUGCUUAGCUGGAGGGGUGUUUGAUUGUUCCCCGCGAUGCAAACACCCUUACAUCCGUCGAGGUCGAAGGCUUAAUGAUCCUCUUUGCUUCGAGUCGCCGGUAGACGAAUGUUGUUCUAUCAUAGCUUGUGCUACUGGAAAUGGAGAUAAUCUGAAGAAGAAAUUGGAAGUGUGUCGAUAUGGCAACGACACACACCCUGUCGGAUCAAAGUGGCACAUUGGCUGCGAGCAGACCUGCACGUGUGAAAUUAACUCCAUAGUGACCUGCAAACCAAGAUGUAGCCCUCUACCUAUCUCCGACAAGUGCAUCAACGUGCAGGAUCCAAACGACGCCUGCUGCGAGGUGCAGGUCUGUGACGUCAGCCAUGAUGCUCAUGAGGAACCAGAAAAUGUUACCACCUCAACUUCUACUACCACUGAGUUAAUCAAAGGCUUCGAAGACUAUGAAGAGCAACCAGACCAUGUUCGCACCAGGCCUCUUGUGUUAACUGAGCCAAUCGGUUCCGUCAAGGUUCUCCAAAACAAUUCGGUCCAAGUAAACCUCAUGCAUCUGAACCAAAGCGAAGACCCCAUCCAUCUUCUCCUGAGCAAUGACGGAGGAAAGUCUUUCAGCGAUGUGGAACUAAAGUACUCAAACCUGAUCCUUAAUUUGGAAGGUGGAAGGGAUUAUAUCCUCAAGACUAAAGAGACCGGUACGAAGUUUAAUUUCACAAUAACGACCUCUGAUAACGGAGCUAAUGAAGUGCCGAAUGAGGAUCUGCAUAAUGUGUCGAAGGUUGGAUGCUUCCAUGACGGACAAUUUUAUGCUGUUGGUGAGGAGUUCCACAUAGGCUGCACAGAGCUCUGUGAGUGCACAGGCCAAGAUACAAGGGAAUGUGCAGCGUUAGUCUGUCCCUCACAUGUGGGGUUAGAGCUGGUGUCCAAGGGCUGUGUGCGCUGGGCGCCGUCCCCGCCCGCCACUCCGCCCAACUGCUGCCCUCGGUCAGCUAGAUGUCUUAGUGAUGGCACUUGCCAUUAUAAAGGAAUUGCAGUGCCUAAUUGGAGCGAAGUGCCGAUAGCUUUAACUGGAUGUGAACAACGAUGCUUCUGUGAAAACGGUGACCUUGAUUGCCAGGAGGUGUGCUCGCCACUGCCUCCCAUUCCUCCGCAGACGUUACGGUGCCCACCGAAUCAUCGACCAGCCGCUGUUAACAUUUCAGAUGAAGACUGCUGCAAGCAGUGGGGUUGUUUGCCCAAUAGUCAAUCUUCGGAUGCACCCCCUCACCAGUCCUUCCUGCCUACUAUUCCACCUGAAAUCCAUUUCCCUCAUGAGGAUAUACCGGAUUACGACCAGAACAACAUUCAUAGGCCUGGUCCAGGAGAGCCUGCCUUGCAAGGUCUGCCUCCUGGUUUGAACCUGCCGCCUCCAUAUGGGGACACGAACAAAAAGCUGACAGUUAUUUCUUUACAAGCUGACUCACCGACCAGUGUUAAGAUGUUGUUUGGUCUACCACCCGUUCUGGUGGGGUUGAGGGGUAGCGUUGACCUGAGAUAUACUGAUAAAGCUGACGAAGAUGUCUCCCACUGGUAUUCGCAAGUGUUCGCGCCGGCUGACGAAGUACUGACGACCCCUCGCUUGGAAUUCCGAUUGACCGGCCUGAAACCAGGCACGACAUACAAGAUACGCGGCAAGCUGUUCCUUCAUAACCUGCCUGUGGAACCAGAAAGCGAGAUUUAUACUGUACGGACUUUGGAUAUGGCACCGCUGCAACCAUCUGUAGAAGAAAAGCGGCGUGAGAUCGACAGUCACCUGACAGUGGUGGACGUCAACGACACCACUGCUCAUGUCAGCUGGAGACGCUUUGAUGAAGACGAACUGCAGUUCAUAGAUGCUAUACAAGUCAGAUACCGUCCAAUGGGGACUCCGAUCUACAGUAUGACGGAGUUGCUCCAUCACAGUCGCUCUACUGCUGAACUGCACGACCUACGCCCUGGGAGCCACUACGAGGCGUCUCUGGUGCUGGUUCCCCCUCCCAAAGCCACGACUGAGCUCACCGAUCCUGGCAGGGUCGAGUUCGUCACUGCGCCUUAUAUUGAUCCAUAUAACUUCACGGUGACGAUUGAGGCUCGGACAGUCGGUUCCGAAGCAGCGGAGGUGUGGUGGCGCGGGCCGCCCGCCCCGGCCGAGCGCUGGGUGCGCGUGUUCCGCGGCGCGCACGCCUGCGCCGGCGGCAGGGAGAAGGAUGCCUUCAGACUGGCGGCCAGGGAUCUGCCGCCUGCCAUCACGCUGACUGGGCUACAGCCCAAUACAAAAUGUCGUGUAUGGUUGGAGCUGUUCUUGACCAAUGGAAAAGUGAAAACUAGCAACGUCUUGGAGAUUAACACUAAGUCACUGGACUCUCCUGAACCGGUCGACAAUGAGAUCGAAGCAUCAUCAAUAGCGGGCCGCCACCGCGGCGACUACUACGGCGCGCUGGUGGGUGUGGGCGCGGUGGCCGCGCUCGGGGCUCUGACGUCACUGCUGCUGCUGCUGGUCGUGCUGCGAAGACAUCGACCGAGAUCUGUGCCUAUUACUACAGUGCCAUCUGCUCCCCGGGAGUCGUCGCUCCCGCCGUAUGACAACCCAGCGUACAAACUAGAGUUACAGCAGGAAACCAUGGAUCUCUGACAGUUAAGUUCCCGUGGGCACAUUAAUGGGCUCAACGGGAUCUCGGAACGCGGCGUUGAUGUAGACAUGCACAACGGCAGGCCAUACAAUGAGAUGGGUGUAUGAGUCCCAUACAACGAAGAAAAAGUGAAUUGUAUUACACAAUCCGCCCUAAGAACUGAUACGGACUGUAAGGACGAUGUUUCAAAAAAGUGUAUGAAGUCAUACAAAUUGUAUGAUCAUGUAUGAGAGCAUACAAAAUUGUGUGUGACUUUUAAAACAGUGAUGAAGUGAAAAGGUGACAAACUUUCGUGUAUGUAUUUGUAUUUUUAAAUUUAGGUUGAGUUAUGUAUUGUAGCUUAAUUUAAUUUUAAAUAAAUUCAUUAAGUACUUGGAUGAGUUUAAAUCUGUUGCCAAGUGCGAUAUCGUGAGAUAAAUAAAAAAAGUGUAUUUAAAAUAAUUUUCUUUUUUUGACUGGCAACAUUUUGCCUCUUAUUAUUUGAUUCACAACCCAAGUUUUCUGGGUACUGAUCUAAAAACCCAAUAGAUCUGAUCAAAUAAAAAUGGCGGCUAUGCUAAAUUAAAUAUGGCGGCUAGAUUGCUUGAGUUGUCUCGCGAUAUCGACUUACUUAUUGUGUGAUAGACCAUGUUAUACAUAAUAGUAAAAUAUUAAUGUAUCUGUAAUAAGCUAAGAUACAAAGGGACACGUAUUUGUAUAGUUCUAUAACUUAAUAUUGCAUUAAAUGGGUUUGUUUAUCAUGUAAACAAUGUAUACUUACACAAAUUAUAUAGAAAUUACCUAAUGUGAUAUCCAGUAAGACGACAAAAAUACCUGUCAAUUAUUAAUACAUUAUAGCUGUCACGUAUUCAAAAGUUCAGCCAUAUUUCACUGUGUCUAGAAUAAUAUGAAUUUCCUACCUUUAAAUGAAACGUUCUUGCGUAACUUGGCACCAAUUUUUAAAAUAAUAUUUUUUUUUUUCUCUAUCGACGAUCUCUUGUCAAUUUGGCGAUUUGGAAGCCGCCAGAUAUUUAUCGAUUAUAACUUAAGUCUCUCUAGCCAAGUAACCUAUCGACAAUGUUUAACGUCUACAGAAACCACUUAAAUGUAUAGAAAUGAUAUUUUGUUUCCAUACCACGUGACUUGAUCUGUCAUUUCCAUACAUUUGACUUAGUGACGUUAACCCUGUUAUUUCAAGCUUUGUAAUAAAAUUGAGUAUACGGAGGCUAAGUCACUUUGAACCUUACUGUCAUGAAUCGUAGGUCCAGUUUUCUUUGUAUUUUUUACAUGAUAUAACAUUUCGGGUCUAUUGAGCUUUCUCUACAGGAUGUAAUAAUAUGUUUCUUAUUUGUAUAUAGUGUAACAAAUAGUUUUAUAUCUCAAUACCGUUGUGUAUAGUACUUUAAGAUAAACAAACUGCCCAACAUUUGUUAAUGAGAAUAAAAUGUUAAUACAUA